AUGGUUUUGAACCUGGAAGCUCAAAGAUUGGCUGGCUCCAUAACGUCUUCUAUUGGAAAUCUUACUUACCUUACUGGAAUCAUUCUGGGAAACAACAAUAUUUAUGGGAAAAUUCCUCAAGAAAUGGGAAAACUACGGCACCUGCAGGAUCUCAACUUGAGUCAUAAUUCCUUUGGUGGGAACCUUCCAAUUAAUCUAAGUCAUUGUACACAACAUAGAGUGCUUGAUGUUGUUGACAACAAACUAGUUGGGCAGAUUCCAGAGCAGUUUAGUUCAUUGUCAAAGUUGAUUUUCCUGCAACUUGCUGUGAACAACCUUACAGGAAGUAUCCUAGCGUGGAUAGGAAACUUUUCUUCGUUGCAUGUUCUUUCCCUUCUUCGGAACAAUCUACAAGGGUGUAUACCUAGUGAGCUUGGCCAUCUAUCAAGCCUGGAAUUUUUUCACAUUGGAGCGAAUAAUCUAUCUGGUACUAUCCCUCCUCAGAUUUAUAAUAUAUCUUCCAUAUACUUGUUCUCUGUUACUCAAAACCGGCUGCAUGGAAGCCUUCCACCAGAUGUUGGCUUUACUCUUCCUAACCUUGAAACAUUUGUUGGUGGUCUUAAUAGUUUCACAGGACCUAUUCCCGUGUCAUUGUCAAAUGCUUCUAGACUUCGGUCCCUUAAAUUCGGUCAUAAUGAUCUCACUAGGACAGUGCCUCAAAAUCUAGGAAGAUUACGUCACUUGGUUUUGGCUCUUGGUUAUAAUCAAUUUGGUGGAGUACUAUCCAACUCCAUAGCCAACCUUUCCUCCCAGCUGAAUAGUCUUACUUUGGUUGGAAAUAUGAUACAUGGAGGAAUACCCAUUGGGAUUGGGAACCUUGUUAACUUGGAUGCUCUAGGAUUAGAAAAUAACUAUUUGGGUAGUCAUCUCCCGGAUGCUCUUGGAAAGCUCCUGUAG